CUGAGCUCCACGCUUGGUGCACCUGAUGCUUUGCUCCUCGAACAUUUGCAGGACGAGCCAGCCAGCUUGACGGCCAGUACACACAUGGGAAGCCAAGCUCUUGAAGUAGAGGUAGAUAUUCAGAUAAUGGAUCUGAAAGAUGUUUACGACAAAAAGACUAAGAAAACCAACGAGGGCCAUUUAGAAUAUACCUUAAUGGACUCAAAAGUGUCCUUGGCGAUUCGAGCAUCUGAUGAUAUCACAGGUCUUAAGGCCUACACUCGAAGAUGUGCUGAGGCUGCGAUCAAGACUCGCGAUACUACAGGUCCAGUGGAGUUAGAAGUACACAUUACACAAAGCGAGGCAAAGUGCCACCUUGUCACAGUUGAUCUUGGGUCGGUGUACAAAACACACGAAGGUGAUUCAGUCUAUAGGCUGGAAAAGGCAGAUGUAGUUCAUCGAAACAAAUGGGAACUGGUAAUAGCCAUGGAAUUUAAGUCGGGCUUGAAGGGAGUUGUGAGGUCAAGGCCAUUCAGAGUUACAACUAAGGCAAGCUUCAAAAUGAAGAGGGAUGGAGUUGAUAACUGUUUACCUAACAGUGGUAACAUGCAAAGGAUUAUUCGAAAGUUUAAGUGGUCUGACAUCAAAGAAGUAACUGAGCUGUCUGGAAGAAGCAUGCAUCCACCUUAUCGUGGAAUGAGACAGGAAUAUCUGGAUCGCGACGCCUUGAAUCGAGAUUUUGUGCGAUUUACUCUAGAGGAAGAUGAUAUUUUUACAGCACAGCACACGUUUGCUGAGAGUUUUAUGUCUCAGGAUUCUAACCAUACAUCCAGACGUAUUACUGCAGCGAAGAUCUUGCUCCGAACUAACACAGCCUUGGAUACGCGUGCGGUCAGCGCGUAUUAUAGUCAUAAUCCAAAGAUUGACUACGUUGUAGAGGAGCUUGACACUCUUGGUUUGUUGAAAUUGGUGAGAAAGCAGCCAACACUUGUCCAACCACAUGGAAAAGGAAGAAGACUCAAAAGUUCUGAAGGCGAAUUCUGGUGGGCUUGCGGAUAUUGCUUCUUCGAACGUCGCAAGAAGUCGACCAUAAAAGCUCACAUUAUGCAGAGGGUUUGCCAAAAGCCAUUAGCAAUCAAAUCGCCAUAUAAAAGGAAAAUGAGACGACAGCUCAGUCACGGAGACUUAGAGGAACAUGAGUUAGAUGGAUAUUCGUGGAAAGCCUCGCUAUCCGUUUAACGACCAAUUUCAGAUAAUAUCUUUGACAACAAUUCUGGUGUUUGAAAUUUUUGAUUAUAUAUUUUAUACUGCCUUGUUUGUUAAUAUUGUAUAAUAGAACUUCUUUGGAUCAGAACGAUGGUGUAAAAGUGAUUUAGUUGUUAUUGCUGGCGAAUGACACCACCACUUUGUUGCCAAUAUGUGGUGUACGCAUCUGACCAUAAAUUGUACAGUUUGUUUAUAAUACCCUUUUUUGUGGCAGCAUCUUUAAUGCCUGUUAUUAACUCCAAAUCGGUUAUAUGGCAGAAGUCCUUUUUAUUUAAACUAGGCAACGUAAAUUGAGAUUUGUAGUAGAUAUGUGGUCUACAACUCUGACCAUAAACUGUACAUUUUGUCUAUACCUGUUUCAUAACGGCAUUUUGAACGCUUAUUGUGACUUAAAAAUUGUAACAUAUAAGAAAUCCUUUCCAUGCAAGCUUGGAAACGUAAUUUGAGAAUUUUAGCAAAUUUUAGGUCUGCACCUUUGACCAUAAAUUGUACAGUUUGUUUAUACCUGUUUAUGGCAGUAUA